AGAGAGAGAGAGAGAGAGAGAGAGAGAGAGAGAGAGAGAGAGAGAGAGAGAGAGAGAGAGAGAGAGAGAGAGAUAUGUCUUGACGGAUCACAGAAUGGUCUUUUUGUUGCUCUCUGUGACUCAGAAUGAGUGUUAUUUUUGGAUAUUAUCUGCAGUGGACUGGACAAACUGAUUGAUGAACAGGUGAACAGGAGAGGCUGAACAGCUAAGUGAGCAGAGACAUGGAGCAGAGCACUUCAAUGCCGCUGACAGUGACCGCUGACUGGCUGGAGGACGGAAACGACACAGCUGGGAAUCAGUUCCAACAGCCCUACUGGCAGGUGGCGCUAUGGGCUGUCGCUUACUCCCUGAUCAUUCUGGUUUCCAUUACUGGAAAUAUCACCAUUGUCUGGAUAAUUCUGGCUCAUAGGCGUAUGAGAACUGUGACCAACUACUUCAUCGUCAACCUGGCAUUCUCUGACGUUUCCAUGGCAACCUUCAACACCCUGUUCAACUUUGUCUACGCGCUUCAUAAUGACUGGUACUUUGGUCUGGGCUACUGCCGAUUCCAGAACUUCUUCCCCAUCACUGCCAUGUCAUCCAUUUAUUCCAUGGCUGCCAUAUCAGUGGACAGGUACAUGGCUAUCAUCCACCCACUGAAGCCCCGCCUGUCCUCCCCUACUACAAAGGUCGUAAUUGGGCUGAUAUGGAUUGCAGCAAUCUCACUGGCUUUCCCUCAGUGCUACUACAGUGUGACAAGAUUUUACUACCCCAGGACCGUGUGCAUGGUCGACUGGCCAGACGAUUACGGGGGAAAACAUCAACUAAGUUACCAGUUUGCAGUGAUAUUGUUGAUAUACUUCCUCCCCCUGCUGGUGAUGCUGGUGACCUACAGUGUGGUUGGCCGAACGCUGUGGGGGGGACAGAUUCCUGGAGAGGCAUCAAACCAUUACCACAACCAGAUAACAGCCAAGAGAAAGGUUGUGAAGAUGAUGGUUGUUGUGGUGAUGACCUUUGCAUUGUGCUGGCUGCCCUACCACGUCUAUUUCAUACUGGGAUCGUUCAAUGCAGACAUUUAUAAACAAAAUUACAUUCAGCAGGUGUAUCUGGCUAUUUUCUGGUUGGCAAUGAGUUCGACGAUGUACAAUCCCAUUAUUUACUGCUGUCUGAACCAAAGGUUUCGUGCUGGUUUUCAACAUGCGUUUGCAUGGUGUCCCUUCAUUAGAGUGUCGGAGGAGGACAAGAUGGAGCUGCAGCGCACGCACACUUUCAGAGUCACCAUGACACGGACCCGCAACAACCGCACCAAUGGUUCAUACACACACACAUCCAUCAAAACCAACACAGUCAACACUAACGCACCUGUCAGCACGACACUAAUCACAAAUAGAGAAGCCUGCACGCAGCUGAAGAGCCACAUGCCAGAAAAAACAUCUAGCACACACGAGGUGAAGAUGCAGGAUAACGCAAAAGUUACUGAACAUACACAGUGAAAGACACAACCCAACAU